UUUCAAUCCAAAUCCAUGCCCAGAUAUUUGUUUUUGUCUACCACCCACUCCAAUUAAUAAGUUGGUUUAACUCUAGAUUCAGCAAAAUGUUAAUCAUAAAGUCUCAAGCAUCUAUUUUCUAAGGAGUAAUUAUAAAAGGCAGUUAAAAAAAACUAAUUCCUUCAUUUAGGUUACUUCAAUUUUGCACCUCAAAUUGCAGAAUUGUCUCAGAGUAAUUCAGGAUCGAAGCUAGGGUUUGCAAGUUGUGUUCUUCGAAGCUAAUUUUCUGGUAACAAUGGCGAUUGAAGAUGAUCAAGUGAAUGAUUCUACUGCUCCUACUCGUACUGCCACAGCUACGACUUUAGAAAAUGGCAAUUUUGUGACCAGCUCCUCAUUUCCUGCCGUCGAUCACAAUCAUCCUCUGUACCUACAGCCCACUGACACACCAGGUAGUUCUCUGAUCUCUCUUCGGCUUACUGGAUCUGAUAACUACGCCUUGUGGAGUCGCGCAAUAAGAAUUGGCUUGUUAGGUAAAAGCAAGUUAGGAUUUGUUGAUGGUAGGUUUCCUAAGUCUAGGUUUGAACCUGAACUUCAUGAUCUAUGGGAGAAAGUGAAUGCUAUUGUUUUGUCAUGGAUAAUGAAUGUUGUGAGGCCGGGUUUGUUGAGUAGUGUCUUAUAUGCAUCUAGUGCUCAUAAAGUUUGGGAAGAUUUAAAGGAGAGAUUUGAUAAAGUUAAUGGCUCCAGAAUUCUGUACCUACACAGAGAAGUUCACACCUUAACUCAGGGAGUUAUGACUGUGACUGAUUACUUUUCAAAACUAAGAGAACUUUGGGAUGAAUUUGAUGCUCUUAUGUCAUGUCCUGGAUGUGCUUGUCCUGAGUCAAAGAUGUAUGCUCAACAUUUUGAGUAUCAAAGACUACUUCAGCUCCUUACUGGACUAAAUGAGUCCUACUCUCAGUCAAGGAGCCAGAUUAUGAUGAUGUCUCAUCUACCUAGUAUAAACAGAGCAUACUCUAUGUUGGUCGAUCAGGAAAGUCAGAGAAAUCUUGUUAAUAUGCCACAAGUAGCUCAAGUUUCUAAGGCCUUGGAGAAUUUAGCUAUGUACAGUAACAAAGGCACAAAUAAUACUGGAAGCUACAAACAAAAGAGGGAUCAAGUUCAAUGUGAAUAUUGCCAUUAAAAGGGGCAUAGCAAGGAAAACUGUUAUAAGUUGAUUGGAUACCCUCCUGACUUCAAGUCCAAGAAGAAAGGUGCCAAUAGUGGGCAGUAUGCAAAUCAGAUGUAUAGUACAGAGGUAAACUAUGCAGACAGAUGUAGUAUGGGAAAUAGUGUAGCUUCUAAUGUGGUUCAACAAGGCAGAGUUGGAAAUCAGUCUAAUGCAGGUGUUUUACAACCACAACCAGCAAAUCAGUCUGCAUUCUUUCAGCAAAUGCCACUCUCUACUCCUGUUUUUACUCCUGAACAGUAUCAACAAAUAGUUCACUUGUUAUCCAAAGGAAGCACAGAAGGAUCAGAAUCAUCAAGCAAGUCAACUGUUGCAGGUAUUCUAAACAAAGUGAAUGCAUUUAUGUCUCACUGUGUUAAUGACAAGUGGAUUGUUGACACUGGGCAUCAAACCAUAUGACUUCCAGCCUUGAAAUACUACAUGACUAUAAAGCACUCCCAAACACAGAAGAAAACAAAGUACAAUUACCUACUGGUAGUGUGGCAUCAGUAUCACACACAGGAAAUGCUUCGCUAUUGAGCAAUCAUGAAAUCUCUAAUAUCUUGACCUCUUCAGUGGUCAGGUGAAGGGAAUUGAUAGAGAAGAACCUAGUUUAUACAUACUGCGUGGGAGUACCUCUAUAACAAACUCAUCUCAGUCAACAAAUAAAUGUGCCAACACAACAAAUGAAGUUCCUGCUUCUUCAGCAAGUGAUGCAUAUAUAUCUCCACCUGUUUCCAGUACUUCCUCUAGAACACAUGUAUCUAGUACUUGCAGUUUAUGGCAUAAGAGAUAGAUGUAAUAAAGAAGAUAGAAGCAUUGAAUGAGCUGACAACAGGAGUUCUUAGUCAACCCUGUACUGUAUGUCCUUGUUGCUAAACAAACUAAGAUGCCCUUCCAGCUAAGUAAUACUACUUCUAAGUUUGUUUUUGAGCUAGUUCACUGUGAUAUUUGGGGACCAUAUAGAGUACCUACGCAUGAUGGUAAAAGGUACUUUGUCACCAUAGUUGAUGAUUCCAGCAGGUUUACUUGGAUAUUUCUUUUGAAUUGCAAAUCAGAAGCAAUUGUAGUUCUAAGAGACUUUCUUACUCAAGCAAGUAAUGUGUUAACAGAUAAUGGAAGUGAAUUCUUUAGUACUGCAUUCAA